AUGGCAUGAGCCGCUAGGAAUACAAAGACCACUACUAAGAAGGAUACUGUAGGAGUUCUGGUCGAAGGAACUGGUAGUGAAGCUGUGGAGAGAAUUGCUCGACGAAAGCCGGUGACGGAGUUUCGCCCUUUGAAGAGCACUGAUCAGUGCAAAACAAGUGCAUAUUCUAUAGAGAAGAUGAAAACAGGACAGUACAACUCGUCCCGUCCAAAUUGUACUGCGUUUGUAGCUGUCGCCGGCAAUCUACGCAAAUACAACACGUCACUGAUAUCAUUCGGUCAUCAACAAUCAACGGCCAUAAAGUUCCCGUACCGUAAUCAAUUAUCGUUAGUACUGACUUGCCAAUACCUUGCUCUGUUCAGCGUUGCUUCGGAGUCGAACUUCGGAGUAGGAGUUAGUGAUAAGGGUGGAGAGUUUGUAGUAAUUCCUCGCCAGUUAGAUGCCGAUAUAACGGAAGAACAUCUUGAAGACGCAUCUCUUUAUCGCGCAUCUACUGAAAAGGAAUUCAGAAAUCAAAAUCGAAAACUGAACAACGAAUGGGUUGAAAUGGCAAGCGCAGCUGGUUUGAAACCAGCAGACAUUUCGCAUCUUGAGAUCGAAGUGCCGACUUGUCCCGUCUUACACUUACUUAUCAAGACCCAUAAGUUAAUAUCCGCCAAUGAGUUGGCGUCUGCCGACCCGUCCACCUUUAAAGUUAGACCCAACUUCAGUUGUGUAGACGGCCUACGGAUAGAAUUGCUUGGUUUAUAA